CAGGUUUUUUUUUCUGAAGUAGGAAGCUGGUAGCUAGCAGGAAACUGUGCUGCUCAAAUCCUUCCUGACUUUUUUUAUUGAGGAAGAACCAUCGCUAGAGAAAUGCAGAAGUACUGAAUGAAAGAUUGUGUGGAUAUUUGUGUGUAUGUGUAUUUAAAUUGGUUCAACAAUUUGAAAGUCAGAGCAUGCAGCAAGACUGAAAAAGAAAGAGACAGAGAUUUAUACAUAAGUUCAACCUUGUAUUGGGGUGUCACAUAAGCUACAUCCUGAAGUGAUCACUUUGGCAAUAUACAUGUACGUCUCAGGGAGCUGAUGACUGGUGUCGUAAGUGAAAUCAAGUGGGUGGAUCAUUAUGAAAGUUGUCAUUGCUCUACAGAUCACCCAUAAUUCGUGAGGAUCAUCUGGCUCCAAAUGUUCGAUCCUGAUAGCAAUGGCAGCCCUUCUUAGAUCUCACUUGCAAGUGUUCUACUUCCUUUAUAUCACCCUCUUCUCUGUACUCAGUUUGACAACUUGUCAUGUCAGCCUCAACAAUGUUACAACAUUUGAACCUAAUCUACCGCUUCAGCAUAUGAUUUUGAACAAAGAAACCGGAGAUGUUUAUUUAGGAGGGAUCAAUUACAUUUACCACCUGACCUCUAACCUUUCUUUAAAGGCAGAGCAGAGCUCUCUCACAGCAGACAUCACUAACUUCUGUCCUGCUGGAGGCUCUGGAUGUAUCCUUCCUCCAGAUUGGGAGGAAAAUGAAAAUAAAGUGCUGUUGAUCGAUGAGGAAAAUGAUUUCUUAAUUGCAUGUGGAAGCGCUUUCAAUGGAACUUGUGUGCUUCAUCAUCUCAACUCCAUCACGACUGUCCAAUCUCGUGUACAUGAUCCGGUUCACCAUGAGGAAUCCUCACUGGGGAUUGGUGACUCUGUAGUUGCGUUUUAUGGACCAUCUGUUGUCAACACAAAUGGAGAAGAAUCCAUGAGUACUGCUCUGUUUGUUGGGGCAAGCUUUAAUCCUCUAUUCAACAACACACUUAUCCGCCAACAUGCCAUUUCUACUAAGUCUUUACUGCAAAGGAACAGUCGCUGGACUUUUGACUUGGCCUAUCAAGAUUUGUCAUUUGGGCGUUUCACUUACAUAGACGUAAAGGACACAUAUACUCAUAACUAUCCAAUAAAGUAUAUCAAUGGAUUUGAGCAUGAUGGAUUCAGCUACUUUACCACUGUUCAGAAAGAAGAUGUUGAUUCUGAAUACUAUCAUUCUCGGGUUGUUCGAAUUUGCAACCAUGAUGAUGCUUACUAUUCUUACACUGAGAUACCACUGGAGUGCAACAGCUAUGCUAGUGGCCGUACCUACAACCUGCUUCAGGCGGCUCAUGUUGGAACCGUAGGUUCAGAUCUGGCCAGAGAACUCAACUUUAAGACUGGGAAAAAGGCUUUGUUUGGCCUAUUUGCAGAAAGCUCCCCAGAUGCACCCGAUCAACCGACUGGCAAUAUGGCCUUGUGUAUCUUCACUUUGAAAAAGAUCAUAAGAAAAGUCACUCGAGGUGUACAGGACUGUUUCUAUGGGUUUGGCUCCCAAGGUUUGAGGCACUUCUCAGACAAUCUUAUGUGCAGUUUUGCAACAUUUCGUUCUGUUGAUAAUUCUUUUUGUGGGACUGGUGAUCUGCAUCCCAUCCAAGCGCAGAACACACUGAAUGCGUAUGAUUAUCUUAAUGGAGGUGGUCAUGGCCGUCACUAUACCUCAAUAUCAACUCUUACCAUGGGCAGAGAUACAGUAGCUGUCAUGGGCACCAGGUCUGGCCGCAUUCAUAAGUUUAUCGUGGAACCUCUGUCGAUUGACUAUGUGAGAAGAGACUAUCCUCUGAGACCUUAUAAGGAUAUUGAGCUGGAUACAGAAGGACCUGUUCUGCACGAUAUGAUUCUGGAUUCAAACCAGGAACAUAUUUUUGUUAUGACUCCAUACAAAGUUUACAAGAUAGCUAUGAAGACAUGUGAGCACUACAUCCACUGUUCAACCUGCGUGACCUCUCGGGACCCUAAUCAAUGUGGAUGGUGUGGUGGAGUGUGUACCACGGAGGAAGAAUGCGAUGGUGUUGAUGGUGCAUCUGGUGAAUUACCAGAUACUGAAGUUGAUUCGGAGGAUGGUCCUGACUGGGUGACAGAUGCUUGUGCCCCGGCUAUUUUUGAGAUUUCUCCAGUGUUUGGUCCUCUCCAAGGGAACACAGCUGUAAAUAUCAUUGGUGAUAGUCUUGUGGCUGAUGCUGCAGUGAGUGCUAACUCAACCCUGGAAGUGAUUGUAGCAGGACAACCAUGUCAUGUGGAUAUGAAUUCAAGCAAUAUUUCACACAUUAUCUGUGUAACUCCCUCUGUUGAAGAGCCAGUAUCAGGCCCAGUGACUGUUGAAGUAGAAGUUGAUGAUCCGAGCCUUACAUUUGCUAUAGGAGGAUUUGUAUCAUCUGAACCUCAAUACAUCUUCUCAUAUGUGGAACCAGUUUUCACCCACUUCAGCCCUCUGAUUGGACCGAUGUUUGGAAAGACUACAAUAACUCUAUUUGGUCAGGGCCUUCAUGCUGGUAACAAACCUGAAGUAACCGUUGCUGGUGUGCCUUGUCAUAUAUAUAGUGUGACAUCAACGAAGAUUCAUUGCAUAACAAGAAAUUCCAGUAUGCUGACAUCUGGUCCAGUUGUUCUCAAACUAGACAGACUUCAACUCAACAGCACACUAGAUUUUAUUUACACAGAGAACCCAUACAUCACACAUUUCUCUCCUUCAAAGAGCUACCUAAGUGGAGGCAACAAUCUCCAGAUCUGGGGUUUUAAUCUACAUCUUGGUCAGCAUGUUCAGUUAGAGGUUUCUGCCCUAACUGACUCUGGCCAUCGGGUGGUCAAAUCACAGGGAUGCACUGUGCCGUGGCACCCAUUUGACAAUACCAUACCAAGUGGUGUGACCGAGAACAGUCUAACCUGUACCACUCCAGACUUGAGUGAUGCUGGGAUAAACCCUACUCCAAGUCAGCCUUUCAUUGCCAAUGUCACCAUCAAGUUCAACAAGAUUGGCUUGGUGCCCAUGUCCCAAGAUGGUCAGAUUGAACUGCCAAUGUGGGAGAUUCUCUACUAUCCUGAUCCUAUUCUUGAUAGAUUUGAUGAGCAUGUGUACAAGUUGGAACCUGAUUCCAAUUCUGUUAUCAUUCAUGGUGAAUAUUUAGACCUUGUUAGUAGGAAGGAAGAUGUUUCAGUCAUGAUCGGCUCUUAUCCUUGUGCUAUUGAAGAGUUAGAAUCCACUUAUAUAGCAUGCCAGAUUCCUUCCUCUCUUCAUAAAUCAGGCAAUGGAUCUGGUAUAUAUGAAGUCAAGGUUACAGUGGGAAACAAAGAGGCAUACAGCGUUGGCCUCCUUCAAGUGCCCCCUCCACAGGGUAUGGGUAAGACUCCAGUAGCGAUCAUCAUCAUCAGCAUCCUGAUCCUGCUAGCUAUUGUUAUUCUCAUCAUUGUGAUUGGCAUCAGGAGGUACAAGAAAUCCAAGAGAGGAGAGAGAUUACCCAUCGAUGACGCACAUGUGGCUUUCAAUCAGAUGUCAGGGACAGAGGAGGUCCGUUUGCAAGGUGUCCAGGGUUUGCAUAGGAAUAACACAUACUUGACUAAUCCUGGUAGCCCAGUUAAUGGAGCAAUGCCUCUCACCCAUGCCCCUCUACUGGAGCAGAUAAAUAAUGAGUUAGCUGCAGAGAUCAGUCAAGUCUUGAUCCAUGAAGAGAAGAUUGCUUUGGGAAAGGUUUUGGGCCAAGGUCACUUUGGUUGUGUGUUUGCUGGUAAGCUUCACCAAGAUGGUGAAGAGCAGCAAGUGGCUGUUAAGUCUCUUCAUCAAGGUACUCUCAAUGAGAUCAGUAACUUCCUUCGUGAAGGGAUUAUGAUGAAGGACUUCAAACAUCGCAAUGUGUUGGCUCUUAUAGGGGUCUGUAUCAUCAGUGAUACCAACAUGCCUUAUGUCAUCCUCCCUUUCAUGAAGAACGGUGACAUCUUGACGUUUGUCCGGGAUCCCUCUAAUGAGUUGACAGCUAGACAGCUGCUUGAGUUCUGUCGUCAGAUCGCAGAAGGGAUGAUGUACCUGUCUGGUCUCAAGUUCGUCCACCGUGAUCUGGCUGCACGUAAUUGUAUGCUGGAUGAAGACAUGGUGGUCAAGGUAGCAGACUUUGGACUGUCCAGGGAUAUCUAUGAGAGGGACUACUACAGUGCUAAGGACAGGACAGCUAAACUGCCUGUUAGAUGGAUGGCUAUGGAGUGUUUAGAGAGAAACAUCUAUAACACCAGAACAGACGUGUGGUCCUUUGGUGUUGUAAUGUGGGAGUUGCUCACCCGAGGAGUGGUGCCAUACCCUGCCAUUGACAAUGUGGACAUCUUAAAAUACCUUCAUGGUGGUCGACGGCUCUCUCAACCUGAGCAUUGCCCGGACCAUGUGUAUGAGGUGAUGUUGAGUUGCUGGUCAGUUAGUCCCAUUGACCGUCCAAGCUUCUGCCUGCUGGUGGACAACCUAGAUGGUAUCCUGAUGGUCAAGCAAGAAGACACAGCUGAUCAGGAGAAAACAGAUACUUACAUCAACAUUCCCGGAGCAGCUUCAUAGUCUUGAGAGUUUAGUUCCUUACGCUGGACAGUACCAGGUCAGCAACGGUCACAUUGCUCAACAGACUUUGUUCAUACAAGUAUUUUAAAAACCCUCAGAAGCCAGUGUUAUAUAAACUUUAACGAUUAUGGUAACUUUGCCAUUGUAGGUAAUACUGUAUCCACUAAAGGUAACAAUUGACAAUGCAGUUCACCUGUAAAUGGUACAAAUGCCGACAUUGAUCAUCGGAAGUCAUACCCAUUCAUAUCUCGAUAAUGAUGGGAAAUGCUUGGAAAGUCAACGUGAGAAAAACAGUCACCUCAUUUCAUAUUCAAAGUUGAAAAAGAAACUCAUAAUUUGAUUAAAUAAAGCUUAUACAAACAAGAAUUGCACCAUGGUAAGACAUUUUAUGGCAUAAUUCUUCCAAUGAAGGAAAGGCUCUAUUUUCUGGUAAUGCUGUUACCAUUUUAGAAACCAUAUCAUGAAUAAAAGUUCAAUAAAAGAGUUAAGGUAAUCAAGAAAGGGAAGGCAAGAAAUAAAAAAUUACAUGUACAUUAUGAAAGUUUUGGUAAAAAAUGUCAUUGGCCCUGUGGGAUUACCCUGCUAUCAAAAUGAUACCUUAUUUGU